AUGGGAGAGGGAUUUGGAAAGGAGGAGGUGUCUAGAGGAGAAAUUGGUCGGUGGUUUUCUAGAUGGGUCGAAGCAGCUCCUCCGAUCCUCGCGAGCCGCGACGCGAGGGAGAGCAAGGCGUGCGCGGACGCCAUGGCGAGGGCGGCGUCGGAGUGGGGCUUCUUCCAGGUGGUGAACCACGGCGUGGGGCUGGAGCUCCUGGAGGAGAUGAGGCGGGAGCAGGCGAAGCUAUUCCGCCUGCCGUUCGGUACCAAGGACAAGGCCGGGCUCCUCAACGGCUCGUACCGGUGGGGCAACCCGACGGCCACGUCGCUCGGGCAGCUCUCGUGGUCGGAGUCCUUCCACGUUCCGCUCCCCAGCGUCUCCCCGGAAGGCUGCGAUUACGGGAAGCUCAGCACAUUGAGGGGAGUGAUGCAGGAGGUGGCGGACGCGAUGUCGCGGGUGGCGGACACGGUGGCCGGGACGCUGGCGGAGAACCUCGGGCACGAGGCAGGGGGCGGCGGCGGCGAGUCGGCGUUCCCGGGAGGGUGCGACGGGACGACGUGCUUCCUGCGGCUGAACAGGUACCCGGCGUGCCCGUUCGCGGCGGACUCCUUGGGCAUGGUUCCGCACACGGACAGCGACUUCCUCACCAUCCUCUUCCAGGACCAGGUCGGGGGCCUGCAGCUCAUCAAGGACGCCCGCUGGGUCGCCGUGAAGCCGCACGCCGAAGCGCUCAUUGUCAACGUCGGCGACCUGUUCCAGGCGUGGAGCAACAACAAAUACAAGAGCGUGGAGCACAAGGUGGUGGCCAACUCCAGCGCGGAGCGCUUCUCCGUCGCCUACUUCCUUUGCCCGUCCUGGGACUCGCCCGUCGGCACAUGCGGCGAGCCGUCGCCGUACAAGCCGUUUACCUUCGGGGAGUACAGGAGGAGUGUGCAGGACGAUGUCGAGAGAACCGGGAAAAAGAUUGGACUCCCCAACUUUCUCAAGCGUUCUACCGUUGAUGGCCUCGAUCACAACAUCGUCGACCACUCUUAUUAA